GCUGCCCUGUGGCACAAACUUGGGGGCCUCUGGGUGCCCAGCGGUGCUGGCGGCUCUAGCGUCUUGGUGCGCAGGCUGCUGGGCCUCCUGGGCGCUGAGAUUCACCGGCUCCCGCUGGUUCUGGCUUUGCUGAUCCUCUCCUGCCUGGGGGAGAUGGCCAUCCCGUUCUUCACGGGCCACCUCACGGACCGGAUGCUGCGGGACAGGACAGCCACUAACUUCACCCGGAACAUAGCGAUCAUGUCCGUCAUCAUCAUAGCCAGUGGGCUGAUGGAGUUCCUGUGCGAUGCCCUGUACAACAGCACCAUGGGCCGCGCCUACAGCCGGCUGCAGGCAGAGGUGUUUCAGGCUGUGCUGCGCCAGGAGACCGAGUUCUUCCAGAAGAACCAACCAGGUGUCAUCACGUCUCGGGUGACAAGUGACACGGCCACCAUGUGUGAGUCUCUGAGCUCCGAGCUGAGCCUGCUGCUUUGGUACCUGCUUCGAGGAUUGUGUCCCUUGGUGUUCAUGCUCUGGGGGUCACCGUCCCUCACCCUGGUCACCCUAGCUUCCCUGCCUCUGCUGUUCCUCCUGCCCAAGAAGCUGGGAAAGUGGAACGAGUCGCUGGGAGCACAGGAGUCGGAACUUCUGGCACAGUCCAGCCAGGUGGCCAUCGAGGCCCUGUCGGCUAUGCCUACAGUCCGGAGCUUUGCCAAUGAGGAGGGUGAGGCCCAGAAGUUCAGGCAGAAGCUGGCGGACAUGAAGACCCUCAGCCGGAAGGUGGCUUUGGCCUAUGUAGUCAAUCAGUGGGCCAACACUGUCUCGGGGAUGCUGCUGAAGGUGGCCGUGCUGUACAUCGGUGGCAAGCUGGUGACAGGCGGGGCUGUCACUAGUGGAAAGCUCGUCACAUUUGUUCUCUACCAGAACCAGUUCAUCUCGGCUGUUGGGGUACUGCUGCACCAGUAUCCCAGCGUACAGAAGGCCAUGGGCUCCUCAGAGAAAGUACUUGAAUACCUGGACCGGACCCCUCAAUGUCCACCCAGCGGUCCGCUGGCUCCCUUGAGCAUGGACGGCCUCGUCCAGUUCCAAGAUGUCUCCUUUUCCUACCCAAGCAACCCCGAUGUCUUGGUGCUGCAGGGGUUGACAUUCACCCUGCGACCCGGGGAGGUGACGGCCCUGGUGGGACCCAAUGGCUCUGGGAAGAGCACCGCGGCUGCCCUGCUGCAGAAUCUGUACCAGCCCACGGAGGGCCAGGUGCUGCUGGCUGGGAAGCCCCUGCCUCAGUAUGAGCACCAUUACCUGCACAGACAGGUGGUUGCUGUCGGACAAGAGCCUCGGCUGUUUGGAAGAAGCCUUCGGGAAAAUAUUGCCUAUGGCCUCACCCCAGAGCCAACUCUGGAAGAAGUCAAAAUUGCCGCGCGGAAGUCCGGAGCCCACAGCUUCAUCUCGGAACUUCCUCAGGACUACGACACAGAUGCAGGCGAGGGUGGGAGCCAGCUGUCAGGAGGUCAGCGCCAGGCCGUGGCUCUGGCCCGAGCACUCAUCAGGAAACCCCGUGUCCUCAUCCUGGACGAUGCCACCAGUGCCCUGGACAAACACAGUCAGUUACAGGUGCGGCAGCUCCUCUACGCCAGCCCGGAGCGCUGCUCUCGCUCGGUGCUGCUCAUCACGCAGCAGCUGAGCCUGGCGGAGCCGGCUAACCACAUCCUGUUGCUGAAAGAAGGCGCCAUCUGUGAGCAGGGAACCCACCAGCAGCUCAUGGCGAUGGAGGGGCGCUACUGGGACAUGGUGCGGGGCCCUGUGCAGGCUCCUGAGCGCGCUCCAGAGUGAAGGCUCCUCGGAUCUGCGCGCUCCCUUCCUUUCCCAGUCUCCAGCUCCCCUGGAGAACUGGGGAGACCCGGCAGAGCUGCACGGCGCGCGGCUGCCGCUAGGGGAGUUCCGUGCGAGCCCCUGGUGUGCUCACAUUUGCCAAGGGCGUUAGCGUCCUCUCGCAGCUGCUCUUAGUAGUGCAGACCUCCAGGAAGACCGACGGGGCGCCUCACUCGCAGUGUAACUGGUUUAUGGCCAGGUUGGUGCUUUGGUGUAAGACGGUGCUCUGGAAAGGAGGAGAAAUAUUCAGAACACAGGGCAGUCUCAACUGCUCUGUGACCAGAGGCUUAGGUCGGCUCCUGAAUACCCUGUGGGUUCUUGAUAUUUAUAAUAAAAAGGUGUUUUGCACUGCGGUUUCUCCCGUU